GAAUUACAACAUGUCAAUCGAUGGUUCAGUUAUUUGACGGAAGCAGAGCGAACAGCCACCGUGGUCACACUAUUACAACAUUCUUCUCCACUGCAAAUCACCUUUUUUACUCAUUUACUUCAAGAAAUGAAAAAGUCCAAAGCUGAAACAGUGAAUCGAAGUGAGUGUUUGUUCUUUUGCCCCCCCCCCUGA